UCGCGCAACUCGACCGGGAUAAAUCUCAUAAUUUUCGUGGAGUCUAUUGCCAUUGUUUAAUGAGAGUAUUUCUCAGCGCAAUCGUUUUACUGCCAGUAUGCCAUAUUUCACUUGAAUCUGGCAAUUUUUCCACAUUUUUCAAGAUUGUCUUACUUCCGCAAUCUAACACCAUUUCUAAUGACAAUCAAUAUAAUUUGUGAAUUGUCGGCGGAGGUGUAGUAUUUCAAUUUGUGUCUUUUGGUUAUAGAAGAAACAAUGCGGGGAACAGUGUUGAAAUUAAAGAGUUAUACCUACAUAGAUAGCAGCUCUCCUGAUGAUGUGUCUGGAGAAGAAGGCCAGAAUUUUGAUUCAUGGGGUGACAAGAAAAAAUGUGCACCAAAAUCUCCAACUGAAGAAGACAGGAGAUCACAAGACGUGAACAAAAACAUCUUAAUGUCCAAUCUUGAACUUCAAAGUGCAUCUUCUCCAGUUAAGCAGGUUGCACCUUGCUUAUCAAAAAAAGCAAAGGCCCCUUUUCAACGUCCAGUAUUUGAUUGGGAUGAUGAAACCAUGUGGAAGGCCAUGUCCCGUCAUCCUUUGUUUGCAAAGUACAUGGAGUUACAAUCACAGCUACACAAGCUGUUUGAAGAGAUUCGUUUAGACUGCAAAAAAGCUGCUUGUGAGAAGGCAUUUGCUGUGCUGGUGAAAGAUUCUGCAGACUCCCCUAUUCAGGUUACUUCAAUAAUUGUGGAACCUAAAUUUCCUAUAGAAUCUCCUCCUAAGAAGAGAGGUAGACCUAUUAAGAAAAGACCUGGGAGACCACGAAAAUAUCCUCAAACAAACUCAACAGAUUGGAGCCCUAAUAUCACCACAGUAACACCUCUUAAACCACCGAGAAAAUGCAGAGAUGAGAUAUAUCUUUCGCGAAAACCAAGCUGGAUUUGUCAAAAUUGUGCCAGAUGCUUUUCUAGUGCAAGAUGGCUUGAUCGUCAUAAAUCUGUCUGUUCUUUCUCAAAGCUGUCAAAUCUUGAUACCAAUGCAGAUGAUAAGAAACAAGAUGCAUCUCAAACCUCAAAUUUAAAUGCCAGUUUGUUAAGCGACCUAUCUGCUGCAGUUGGUGACAUGGACAGGUCUGUCUCUCAAGUCGAAACCAGUGAGGUUCUACAGAUGUUAUCAGAUUCUUGUUACAGUGUUGUAAAAGCUGAGCCUUUAUCUCCUUCUUAUCAAAUUCAUGAUUCAAUUCCAUUGCAACCUAAAAUGGAAAACCUCAAUGACACUGAAACUGAUGAGCUCCCAUUAGGAACUUCAUUCGAUGAUGAUUCACAAUGCAUCGAUGAAGAAGCAUCUGCUCUGUGUUGUGGGAAAUGCAAACAACAAUUCACAAUAGAGGACCAUUUGGAGCGACAUUGGGAAGAGCAACCUGAAUGCAAGUUGUAUGUAACUCAUGAAAGUAAUGUGGAGUCUACUAAUUACUCAUCAGAUUCCAAUGUAUCAGCCUGUAAACAUUGUGGAAAAGUUUUUAGGAGACAUAAACUCUUGAAGCGUCAUCAAAGCAUGUGUCAUGUGAAGUCCAAGAAAAAGCUGUGGCAAUGCAUUCAUUGUUUUAAGGCAUUCAGCAGACAGAUGCAUCAUGAACAACAUCAAAGAGAGUGUACUUCUAAAGGUAAACAUUAUGGAAAGGAAGCACAGAGAUGUGAAAACUGCUCUUUGUUGUUCCCAACGCAAAAGAAACUUCUCAAACACCAGGCUAUUUGCUGUCCUGACAGCAAUAAUCAUAUGAUAAAACUCCUGAAAUGCCUGAAAUGUUCUUUGGUUUUUCCAAGUUAUAAAAAACAACUCAAACACAGAGCAGAAUGUUGCCCUGACAGUGAUACAGAUGAGAUGGUUUGCUGUCGAUGUUCCAAAGUAUUAAUAAUGCGGGACAGAAUGGCUGCUCACAAGAAAAAGUGUUGUAAAUCUUCAAAAAAGUUCCAGUAAUUAAGAUAUUAUUACUAGUUACUAUUUGUUCUGUAAUUCUCAGUGCAAGCUACAAUCUCAGUUGUAAGUUGAAAUGUUAAGAAAAGCUACACUAUCUGUUUAUAGCUUUAAAUAUUUCUAUAUGUUGCAUUCUUAAAAUGUAUAUUUUGUUAUGUUAAUCUUCCAUAUCUUGUAAAUAUUACCUCUACUGCUUCCUUUUUAUACUGUUGUAGCAUGAUUUUGUUCUUACCUACGAUAAAUUAUAUUAGUGCUUUCAAUUAUUUUUUCUAUCUAUCUCCUCCAAAAUGGGGUAGUCUGUUAAUUUAACUUUAAACUUGAAAACACUCUCUGAAACUGAAAUGUCCCUGAAAAGCCAAAGGGAAAACCCCUUUAGUUGUACUCUAUUUUUAAAAGACUAUAUGAUCUCAACUUGACAUCAAACCGUUAAUCGGUUCCCUAAUUAAGACUGAAGUUUAGUGCCAUAGACUAAAAGGUUGCAAGGAUGUCUUCUCUAAUGUAAUCCAGAUUUUUUUUUUUUCAGAAACGUUCCUUUUUUGUGUUCUAGAACUUUGUGAUGCUCCAGUGCCGUUAUUUCUCCAAUUUUCUGUUUUGCAUCUGUUUCUUUAUCUGUUUUGGAUUGAUUACUAUAUCCUUUAAAUCAUUGCACUAUUGAAGCUACGUCUGUGGUCUCAAUACCUCUUUGUAUUCUUUUGUUCUUCUGAGUUUUGCUUCUGAUUUGGAGCUAUCCAAAAGAGAGCGGUUAAGCAAGAAUGACACAAUGUAAACUAGCUCAUAACAAUGAGCAGUUUCCAUGUUAGAUUUUAUGUAUACUUUAUUCAAAAAGCUUUAGCUCCGAAAUAAUUCUGAUCUGCUAAACAAUACUUGCAAAUUUUGUUGCCAGCAAAAUUUUGGAUGUGGUCAAUGAUGGUCAUUUUGUUAUAUGUGUACUAUUUUUUAUGUUAUGUAACCGUUAGAUCAUGUUGUAAGAAAGAAACAUUCCUUUAAUGGAAGACACAUUAUCCUCUUUCCAAGUUUGUCGGUAGAUUAUUAAAUGUGAUUAUCGGACUUAACAUUAGAAAUCUACAAUGUAGGUGAUAGAAAUGUUCAUACAGGUAUUUCAAUUGUUGCUGUAUUAUAGACUGUUAAAGCUAAGAUCAGUGCAAACAAUAUCAAAUCACAGUAAACUGCAUAUGUGAUUCUUUAGUGUUUGUUGGAUGUCUGAGUGUUUUGGGUCAUGACUGUUUUCAUUUAUAUAGUAUAAGUAAAAAAUUAUAAUUUAGAGGAGGUGCAUGAGUUGACUUAAAAUCACUUGUUGUCUGACCAGUGUUAAUCAUUUGUUUCUUAUGUGUGUAAAAUCUUAAACUUGAUUGAAUUGAGAAUUUGUUUACAUUAUCUUCAUUUUCUUUUCUCCAUGGGGAUAAGCUCUGAUGAAGAUUAAUUUUACUAGGUAUUUCUGCCAUUUAUUUUACCAAAGUGGUUUAUAAUCAGUAUUCACAACAAAUAGGAUUGCAUUGUUGUUUAAUGUGAUGCUUCAAGGUUCAAAGACCUCCUGUUUUCUUCCUUUUUAAAAUUUGUUUUGAUUUAGAAGGUACCCACUUUUUCAAUUUGUAUACUCUUACCAAUUACCAAGGACUUGAUGUUUUCUCUCUCUUUCUCUCAGUUGUCAGAAAUUUUGUUACAACUCCAUAAUAUCUCUGUACUCUUUUUGAUCUUUAACCAUUUUCAUGAACACCUCAAAUUUCUUAUCAUGAUAUCUGUAAAUGUUUUUGUAAGAAAUUUCAUGAUUUAACAUAGUGUGGAAGCAAUUUCUCCUCUGGAAGUUCAUAAAACAAGGUUUACCUUGAA